AUGUAUGGUAAUGUGGACGUAAUUUUGUCGAGAUCAGAUAUCAGGAUGAAUGGUCUGUUCAAUGAUUCUCUAGUUACGUGGAAAUGGAAAAUUCAAAAUCGGUCGUGGGAAAAAGAAGCUGAAAGUUGGAAAUGUCCGGGAGCGACUGUACUCAUAGAUCCACUUUCAAGUCCUACAAGUCCAGUUUCUUCAUUAGAAAAGCAGGAAAAUCAAGUGCACAAACGAGAAAAACCAGAAUUUGCUGAUCCUUUAGGCUGGUUAACUUUAAAUGUAAACAUAUUUUUACUUUUUCUGUGCGGUGCUGUUGUGGAAAAGCGUUCCGCCUUUGCGAUAACUGAAGACAUACCAACCAUUACAAAGCAAAAAGUGGAGCCAAAACUAAUUAAUACUUUAGUUAGCAGUGAUGAUGACCUGAUUACUCUUUCUGAAAAAGAAUUGCCUGGUUUUGUGCCUUGGUCGGUGAAGAAGCAGGACAUACUGAAGCAUUUUUCAAAUAUUAAUGAUUCGAAAAGUUCAUAUUUACAUUGUGUGCCUGGCUUGAAAAAAACAGAUUUACCAGUAACAAAUCGAGUAGCACAAAGAUUCGAGCAACUGGAAAACAUACAUGAUUGGAAACAAAUAACCGAACAUUCGAAUGUACAAGUAUUGAGCAAAAUUAAAGAAUUGCAGAAGAAUUUGGAGUUAACUUGGGUUAAAGGAAAAAGAAUAACAACCAUCAAUAUAGCUGUAGAAAUUACGAGGAUUCUGUCAUCUGUAUCUACACCUGAGUUCUACGUACGAGUAUUUGUCUACGUGACAGAUAUCCUGGAUCGCUUUGGAUAUCUCGUUUAUGAUCGACUUUAUAGCAAAGCAAAUCAGGAACGCUUAGAAGCAGGUCUGAGUCAACUAUGUAGUAAUUUCGAGGUAAAUGACAUACCAAAAAAUACGCGUGAUACUGCCAUGAAUUGGUUUUGUAAGAUUGGCGAUAUACGGGAACUUCUGCCACGUUUUUACGUGGAAAGUGCCUUGAUUGGUUGUAUUCGUUUCUUCGAUGCUGAGUCGUUAAAAGUAAAUUUGAUGCGCCUCGCAAAAAUACCUGUUUUGCUUCCAAAUCUUCUAGUUUCAUCUUAUGCUCGGGUAUAUUUGUGUCAUGUUGCGAUGCGACUUAUCCCAAAUGAUCGCGCUCCCCACUGGAAAUGUUUGAACGAUCAGAUUAAUGCUGUUUCUUUUACAGUGUUACCAUCACUAAUACCAGCUUUGGAAUGGAUUAUUCAGUGCGUAACUUAUAACGGUAGAAAAUGUGAAUUGGAAAAGAUGUUGUUGAAUUUUUCAAAGGAUAACGAAAAACGAACCAUUGUUUUACCACUUUUUCUGCGUGCAUUAUCGUCUGAUUACAUUUCUAAAAAUGUUUUAGAUCUUAUGGAAUUAUUGGUGAGCAUUGUCUUUUCCAAAAAUGAUAACAUUGUUUGCUUUCAGAUCAUUGCUAAUGAUGAUGUUAGGGGACCAGAAUUAUGCGUUUUUGGUGAGCAGCUGAUGGAAAAUAAUAUGAUGAAUGAUGUAAGACAAUUUAUUUUCAAGAACUGUUGGCAAAAAACUAUAAAGUUAUUAGAUAUUCGAGAUUUUAUUGAAUGCUCGACGGUAUGGAUUGAAUUUGCAGCACGAUAUUUCUCUUUGGAUGAAGUGAGUGUAGUGUUAGAAGCAAUUAUCAAGCGGGUUACGGCUAAUAAGGUUUGUCAAAAAAUACUGACUCUUAUCAGAAACAUCUUUGCUGCUGUAAAUAACAUGACAUUCAUUCAGCAGAAGUACGAAUCUUUUUUAAAUGAACUGCUGGGUAUCAUGGAAAAAAUUACUCAUUGGGUGGAUAACAUAGAAAGCUUGCUUAUCCUACCUAGUUUCCAAAAGUUUGUCGACUUUUUCCGUACUGAACAGCAGCGAGGAAACUGUGCUAUCAUGAUAUUGUUAGCUUUCAUAAAUUCUUGUGAACUUUCUUCUGUAUCGGAUCUUCAACUCGCGAAUCAGGUUCUUAAUAUUUGCCAGCUUCUUCAUGAUUCAUUGAAUGCUCUUUCGACUGAAGAAGAAAAACAUCGCUCAUCGUACCAUAUUGUUCGAGCUUUGAAUCGUUUCAAUUUACAAUCAGAUCCCGAGCAAGCACUUGAUUUUUACGUCGAUGCACGGGCUGCUUUAUCAAAUUUGGACAACGUCAUCGCAUACUUAGUUACUGAAGUUUGCUCGCUUGGAUUGUAUGUUGCUCGUCAAGAACAAAUCUCGCAAGCGGGAAAAAUAUUUAUACGGGCAUGUGUUGCGUACGCUUUUAUAACUAUAGCAUCUUUAUCUAGCGUGGUUAUUAAAAUCGAGCUUUAUAUGCAGGCAGGAAUAUUGAGUUUGGUCGGCAGUUCAUUACCCCAGUUAGAUGGAAUUUUGCGAAGCUCAAUCGAAGAGCUUGCUAGAGCUCAGAAUCUUAGUGCAUCUUGCUACCGUUCACUCUGUUGCUCGUUCCUCGCAUUUUUAGUUUUAGUGCCUGAUUCUCCGAACAAGAAUCCUUUAUAUAUGUUCAACGCAUUUUUGAAUGCUAUCGCAAGGUAUCCAUGGCAGAAUGGAGCUGUAGAACAUGGACAACUGUUGUUGGACUGUAUUUGGUAUUUGUCAACAAUUAUUCAACCAGAAUUGCCAUAUCACCUAAUGUAUGGUGAUAUACAGUCGAACGACACUUUGUAUGGUAGCUCAAAAAUAUUUACAGAAGCUGUUGAAGAAAAAAAUGAAAUAGUGAUGGGUCGUCUGGAAGACGUUUACAAACAAGAUAAAAGAAAGCUAUCUGUUUUAGCUACUGAAAUCUUAGAAGUUAUUCUCGCUUUAGGGGAUGUGGAACUGCUAACUAGUCUGAUCCUUGAACUUUAUAUUGAUUGCAUCGCAAGACCUGAACUGAAAGAACGACGAAAAUUUAUUCUGAAACGAAUUGAAUAUUUGGCUGACAAAAAGGGUGAACUUAAAACGCUAUACAAACAGUUGUGUGAUCUGGAAUAUUCUUGUUUAAAAAAUAGAUAA